AUGCAUAAAUUUGAGAGCUCACUGAAUGAUUUUCAGCUGCGAUUUGAUAGCUCUGAAGAUCCUGAACCGCAGUCGCACUUCUGUCGGGUAGUGUAUAGGUUAGGUAACACGGAACUCAAGUUUACCGACCAACCAUCUUGUAUGAGCGGAAAUGAUAUAGCUGCAACUCAUAGCGGCAAAUCAAUCGAGGCAUGUUGGGUAGCAAGUUCGGAAUCAUCGAAUGCUGACGACGCGUUUUUCGAUCUUCUAUCUCGUAUGCAGUCAGCUCGCCUUGAUGAGCAACGGUGUGAUCUCUCCAUUCUUACAUCACGAACAAACACUGGCAGACGACAAACAGACAGCUUGAUGACAACGCAAAAUGGUUUGUUAAUUUUCAGUUGA